AUGGACUCAGCAGAUUCAGACUCGUUUCGCCAAGCCCUUUGCGCACAGGGGCAAAAGCUGGCUCAACAGCAGGAGCAGCUCACGUCCUUGUGCGCCACGCUGAGAGAACUGGCAGCUCGCCAGGACUCAAUGAUGACAUCUUUUUGCUCACAGUUUCAUGAACUACUCUCUCACCUACCACGAGAGGCGCCUGCUGAAGGGACGUCGGACCGAGCCUCUCUCCCGGGUCGACACGCGGACGCGCAACCCCCUGCCAGCACUGCGCCAUCAUGCCUGCAGCUCUCCCGUCCAGAGCGCUUCUCCGGGGAUUCAGGAGACGUGAGACCAUUACUGACGCAGUGUGAGCUGCACUUUGAACUACAGCCAUCGGCUUUUCCGACAGACCGGUCUAAGGUGGCCUUCGUAAUCUCCCAUCUCACGGGACGUGCAGAGGCGUGGGCUACUGCCGAAUGGAGCCGACGUUCAACAGCCUGCUCUUCACUCGUCAGGUUUACACGGGCUCUCGAGCAGAUUUUCCAACACACCGCGCCAGGCAGAGAAGCUGCUAGAUCGCUGCUCAAGCUACGACAAGGGAGGCGCAAGGUAACGGACUAUGCCAUAGACUUCCGCACCCUCGCCGCCGAGAGCGAGUGGAACCCUGUCGCCCUGUCUGACGCAUUUUUUCAAGGACUCUCUGAGUCAGUAAAGGGCCAGCUGAUCAACAUCGACCUUCCGGAAGAUUUAGAUUCCCUCAUCGCGCUGGUGGUAAAAAUCGACAAGCGUCUCACCGAGCUGGACCAGGAGCGGGGACGUCUUCGGGCUCGUUCAUCGCCUCACCGGGGAUGGAGGAGCAGCCCUGAGGAUCGGCCAAGCUACGAACGCCCAACAACCAGCCCGCCUUCCUCUCCUCUUCCUCCUCAGGAGCCCAUGCAACUGGGACGCGCUCAUCUCUCCGCAGAGGAGCGUCUACGUCGACAAAGAGACGGAAGAUGCUACUACUGUGGCCAACUGGGUCAUGUGGUGAGUGCUUGCCACAUCAAGGGGGGCGGAGCACUGCCCAAAAGACCUCUCACGGUGAGUCGAAGCCUGGUGAUAAACAGUCCUGCCCAGCACCAGCCACAGGUUUUCUGCAAGGCGAAAGCCACCUCCCUGCCACCUCAUCGCCCUUACGAUUGUGCCAUAGACCUGCUACCAGGCAGCACCCCCCCUAGGGGCAAAUUAUAUUCCCUUUCACCCCCAGAGCACAGAGCCAUGGAGGACUACGUUAGGGAUUCCCUAGCCACCGGUCUCAUCCGUCCCUCUUCUUCCCCUGCUGGAGCUGGAUUUUUCUUUGUGGAGAAGAAGGAUAAGACCCUACGGCCCUGCAUAGACUACCGGGGUCUCAAUGCUAUCACCAUCAAGAACAGGUACCCCCUCCCCCUCAUCUCCACAGCCUUUGAACUGUUGGAGGGGGCAAAGAUCUUCACUAAACUAGACCUACGUAAUGCCUACCAUCUUGUCAGGAUCAAAGAGGGGGACGAGUGGAAGACCGCUUUUAACACUCCCACCGGACAUUAUGAGUAUCUGGUUAUGCCUUUUGGUUUAACAAAUGCACCAGCGGUUUUUCAGAACUUGGUUAAUGAUGUCCUUCGUGAUAUGCUUAAUGUUUUUGUCUUUGUGUACCUAGAUGACAUCCUGAUCUUUUCCCCCGAUGAGGAGACUCACACCCGCCAUGUCAGCACUGUGCUUCAGCGGUUACUCCAGAACCAGCUGUUCGUGAAAGCAGAGAAGUGUGAGUUCCACAAGCCCUCGGUCUCGUUCCUUGGGUUUGUGCUUGCCGAGGGGGAGGUCAGGAUGGACCCUGAGAAGGUUUCGGCAGUGGCGGAUUGGGCCACUCCCACUUCACGUAAAGAGGUUCAGAGGUUUCCGGGGUUUGCAAAUUUUUAUAGAAAAUGUAUUCGUAACUACAGCACCAUUGCCUCACCCCUGCACGAACUUUCCUCUCCACACAGACCAUUUGUCUGGAGCCAUGAGUGCGAAACUGCAUUUACGAGCCUUAAGAGGAGCUUCACCUCCGCCCCUGUCCUCAUCCUCCCGGACCCCAGCCAGCAGUUCGUGGUCGAGGUAGACGCCUCAGACGUUGGUGUUGGAGCGAUCCUCUCCCAAUUUUGCUCCAAAGAUGGUAAACUACACCCUUGUGCCUUCUUGUCCAAGAAACUCACUUCUGCCGAACAAAACUAUGAUAUUGGUGACCGCGAGCUGCUGGCAGUUAAGGUGGCCCUGGAGGAGUGGAGACACUGGCUGGAGGGAGCCUCCCAGCCAUUUCAGGUCUGGACCGAUCAUAAGAAUCUGGAGUACCUCAAAUCAGCCAAGAGGCUAAAUGCAAGGCAAGCUAGAUGGGCAAUUUUCUUCAGCCGCUUUAACUUUACCCUCUCAUACCGACCAGGUUCCAAAAAUCUCAAGCCUGACUCCCUGUCCCGUAUAUUCACCUGUGACCAAAUUAAUCCUGAACCCAAGACAAUCCUUCCCACGAUAUGCUUCAUAUCAGUUCUUUCAUGGGAGAUAGAGGGUAAGGUUAAGGCGGCAGCCGAUGGUGUCACUGUUCCUCCUGAUUGCCCUGCGGACAAGCUUUUUGUGGUCCAGGCUCUCAGGGGGAAGUGA